ACACCCAAAAGCCCUAUUACAGCAGGGGGGUCCUCGGCCUCUGCGACUCUUCUGCGUCAUAUCCUUUGCAUUCCCACACACAAUCGUUACCCCUCCUCGUGCUCUUCAGCCUCUUGGGAUCCUCUACUGUUUUUACUGUGUCCCUCUGGUUGCCUGGCUGCCUUUUCUCUUCCCGCCUCAUCUUCCGACACCUUUAGCUCUUCUGAGUGACGUCUCCAGCAGCAGAAGCAGCAAACAAACGAAAGAUAGACACUGUGAGAGAACUGCGAGAGAAAGAGAGAGUUAGGCAGAGAGAUAGGUAGUGCCGGGCUGGAGCAAUGGCCGACUAUAGAACCACCCGGGUCUAUCGAGAACGCCGCGAAAGUGAUUCUGACGACGAGCGCUUCAAAGCCACCACCGUUACCCGAUACAAGGUCAACCAGCCGCGAAUAGAACGAUACGACCGCACUGAGAAAUUUAUUGAGAUGGACGACGAACGACGCUCGCGCUACUCCGGUCCGGAGCGUAACAACGACUAUGUAGAGUAUGAGCGGAGAGAGCGCUAUGUUCCUGACAGGCCGCGCUCCGCCAUCGAUGUUGAGGGCGAUCGCACUCGCACCGUCUUUUACGAGCGAGAUGUUGAGCGCCGCGAGUCGGACCGCGACUGGGAGAGACGCCCCCGCCAUCAUGAUGAGGAUGUGCGCAUCGAAAAGAGGGUUGAGGAGCGCUUUGAGGACAACCACGGCCACGAGGUUGAGCGUUAUCGCAAGGAAACCGAUUAUUAUCGAGAGCCGGAGCACGGGUCUUCUCCUGUUGUUGUGCGCCAGCGCGCCCCGGACCAGAAAAUCAUUGUCCAGGAAGCGCCCCCGCAGCAGAUUGUCAUUCCCAGACAGGACCCAAACAUCAUUGUGCUCAGGGAGAGAGAGGGAGACCGAGAGGUCGCCCGUGUUCCCUACGACGAAGAGUAUUAUUACCGCCGCGAGCGGAGAGAGGUCGGCGACCGCCGUCAACACCGCCGCGAUGACUACCACAGCGACGAGGAUGACUAUUACUACUCUCGCCGCACCGUUCGCCGCAACCGCAGCCAGAGCUCGGAUCACCACAAGCGCCACCUCGCUGAGGGUGCCCUUGCUGGCGCUGGCAUCACUGCCCUGCUCGCAAGUCGCCCCAAUGAGUACGGAGAGGUUGCUGAGCAUCGUGGCAAGAAGGUUCUUGCCGGUGCUGCUCUGGGGGCUAUUGGAACUGAGGCCAUCAGGCGAGCCCACAGCGCAUAUGAGGAUCGCUGGGGAGACGGCGACGAAUCCCCUGAUCGCCAUUCUGCUCUCAAAAAGGGUCUCGGCCUUGCGGCAGUUGCUCUCGCUGCAGCCGGUGCCGUCAAGUACCACCAGGCCAGCAAAGCCGAAAAGGAGGAGAGACGCCGAGGCCGCAGCCGAGGCCGCGGCUACUAUUCCGGCGAUGACUACUCGUCUUCUCGCUCGCGCUCUCGUUCGCGCCGACCCAGCCGUAAGCGCAGCCUUUCAACCUUGGCCAAGGCCGCUGUUGGAACCGCCGCCGCCGCUGGCCUGGUCAAGCAUUUCCGCGACAAGUCAAAGUCGCGAUCCAAGUCACGACAUGGAAGCAGAUCUCGUAGCAAGUCGACGCUGCGACGUGGCGCUGAGCUGGCCGGUGCCGCCGCUGCUGCUGGCAUAGCCGGCAAGGUGUGGAAAGACCAUCACGACAAGAAGAAGGAGAGAGAGAGAGAGGCUUCGACCUCUCGUGGAUUCAGCGAUGACGAUCAUCACGAUCGCGAUUAUGAUAGGCGCGACUCUCCCAGCCGAAGCAGGAGCAGGAGCAGGAGCAGGUCGAGGGCCAGAUCCCUUUAUUCCGAAACCGCGGCUGAUCCUGGGCUAGGCUUGAUUGAGUACGGGCACGAUCCCCUACCACCCGAUCCGCGCUCUCCCACGGGCCAAGGAUAUGAAUCCGAGGCCGAGGAGAGGCGACGAAACCGACAGAGAAGACGUGAAAGAGAUCCCUCCUCUUCUGGAUCCGAUGAAGAGAGGAAACGCAGCAGGAGCAGGAGUGAGCUACGAGACGCAGUGGGCGCGGGUGCAGCGGCCGCUGGCAUUAAAGCGUACAAGGACCACAAGGACAGAGAGAAGAAGGCAAAGGAAGAGGAGAGACGGGAAGAGAGGCGAGCGGAGCGGAAGGAGGAGAGGAGAGAUGAGAAGAGAGAGAGGCGCUCGAAGGAGAGGCGCUCAAGGGAGCGCGAUGAACAAGGACAACGCUAUCCCGAUGUCCCUCCAAAUGGCGGCUUCUUUGACGAAGGCAGGCCGCAUUCCCCCCCAACUGCCUCUGGCGGUGCCUACUAUCCCCCCUAUCCCAUGACUCCGGGAUCGAGCACUCCCGGAACCGCCCCCCCUCCUACCAGUAUUCCUCCCCCAGCUCCGCCUCCACCUCCAGCGGUCCCGCCGCCAGUCGGUGUUCCACCGCGAGAGCACAGCUACACGCCAUAUACUGAUCCUAACGUACCUCCACCUCGGGAGUACCAUCCUUACGUGCCACAAGACUAUCACGGGUAUGCUCCUCCGCCCCCACCGGCCGGUCCCCCGCCACCCUCCGGACCGCCGCCUCGCGUCAACUCCUCGGGAAUACCCGGUUACGUACCUCCACCGCCGGCUGGUCCGCCUACUUCGGGUCCGGCACCUCCGCCUGGACCUCCCCCUGCAGGACCACCGGCGGGCGGUAUCUUCCCGAAUGAUCAAGCUGUAAAACCGCUCAAGGCACUGCCACCGCCUCGCAUUGAGAUUCCAGAGAUUGUGUUUCCUAUUCGUACCAGGAGAAAGUCUGUAUCGUUUGGACCGCUUUCUCCGACGAGUUCCAAGACAAUGCAGAGGCAUAAAAAGGAGCAUGACGUCAAGUCUGAAUCAGACAGUUCCGAGUCUGAGGAAGACAAGCGGCGUGAGAACCAAUUUAAGCGGUCGAGCCGCCACCGUCGAUUAUCAUCUGACACGACUCACGACCGCUCUCCUAACCGCGAUGGCGAGGGUAGACAUCGGAGACAUCGUCACUCUGAUUCGGACGACGAUGUCGAAAAUCUACCUGAUCGUUUCGACUCGCAUGGUAAACCACUGGAUGGCGGACGUCACGGUAAGAACCGCAUCGUUACUCGAAGCGGCGAGUUUCACCGUCCAGCGCAACGGCCUGGCGGCAUGGAAGUUCACGGCGGAUGGGCGCUUGGCGGGACGGACCCUGAGCAAAUUGAAAAACUGGUGAGAAACGUGACGGGGGCUCUGGAGGGGCGGAAAAGCUGGGUGAGUGUGAUUGGGGAGGUGCUUGGUGGUGACAUGUUGGGACAAUUGGCGGGACCGUUGGCGGGAGUAUUGCAGAUUGAGGAUGAUGAUGAUGAUGAUAGGGAGAGGAGACAUAAGAGGCGGAGAUGAUGGGAUGAUUUGAUGACGAUGAUGACUUUGAUGACGAUAUAUUUCUUGUUUUUGUUUUUGUGUCUAUGUCAUUAUGUCUCUCUUCUCUUUUUGUUUUUGACGUUAUGAUUGAUGAAUUUGUUUUUUUCUCUUUUAAUUUAUAUCUCGGGUACAAGAAAUGAUGGGCAAAGUUAAUUUUUGGCUUGUUUGUUUUCCUUUUUUUGGUCAGAUUUAUAGAAAAGAAGCGAGUGCUUAUGAUUAUUGAUGACUUUUUUUUUUGAUGAUGAUGAUGAUGUGUAUGGUUUUGAGUGAUUGGGGGUUUAAUGAACCAGAGAUUGAAGG